AUGGGUUGGGUAGAUGGCUUGGGCUGUGAGCUGUUGGAUCACAUUUUUGAUGUUGCGCAACCGCAAAUUGCAUUCAGGUUGUCAUCAGAUCGUGGUGGUUCUUUCGUAAUUCCGAGUUAUGGAAGAACAAUAUAUGACAUCACGUGUAAGUACAGACCGUUUCAGGUAAAACUCCAGGAAAGUCACCCACGACCAGCACGAAUUUUGUCCUCGCAGCUACGAGAUUUAUCUUUCGUAGCAUACAUUUCUCCUGUUCUACCUCGUCCCAUCCUUUCCUCUAUCUGUGACGCUCAGCCUUACGGUGUUCAUUUCAGAGAUAUCACGGUUUGCGUACCGGAUGAUUAUUCUUAUGUGGACGAUAGCUAUGUCUUCGCAACUUUGAAUGUCCAAAUUGUUGCUCUUUGCUCGGAACUGAGCGACCAGCCUUUGGUGAGGUCUUUUUAUCGUCACUGA